AUGAAUGAAAUCAAGACUGACAGUCUGCAGAAGGGUUAUGUUGAUCUGAUGGAAAAAAUGGAUAAUGUCUUGGAAGAAUUUCCCCAAGUUGCCAAGAAAGAGGCUCCAGUGCCACCUCCUUUGCCCAGUCCACCAACAAGAAGUUACCAUCAAAAGGGGUUUGCAAUGGAUGGCUCAAAAUUAAGAGGAUGUAGUUAUGUCCAUACAGCUACCAGGGAUUUGUGGGACCAACUCUUUGAUGGAGGCUACAGAGCAGAUGUUACGAUUAGCACUGAUAAUGGUGGCUCCAUAUAUGCGCAUGCUAGUAUUCUUGGAAUGGCUUCUCCAGUUAUGAAAGGCAUGUUAAAGAAAGCAAAAGGCAGUGGUCGUCGACGGUUGUUCUCCAUUCAUGGUGUUCCACAUGAUGCUGUUAGAGUUUUUAUUCGAUUCCUGUAUUCUUCCUGUUACGAGAAAGAAGAAAUGGAGGAAUAUGUGUUGCAUUUGCUGGUGCUCUCUCACGUGUUUGUGGUCCCAGCACUGAAGCAAAUAUGUAUGCAGUGGUUAGAACAUGAUUUUCUUACCUCAGAGAACGUAGUUGACAUCUUUCAGCUUGCAUUGUUGUGCGAUGUUCCCCGGCUUAGCCUCAUUUGUCACCGAAUGAUCUUGAAGAACUUCCCGGAAAUUUCCAAUACUGAAGGAUGGAGAGUAAUGAAGAAGAGCCACCCAGCACUCGAAAAGGAACUUCUGGCAUCCAUGACUGAUGAAAAAAAUAUGCAAAAUGAAAGAAUUAGAAAAUCAAAUGAGAGAAAAAUCUAUUUGCAAUUAUACGAGGCAAUGGAGGCUCUUGUUCACAUAUGCAGAGAUGGUUGUCAGACAAUCGGGCCACACGAUAAAGAUUUCCGAGAUGAUCAGGCACCCUGCAAUUAUUCAGCAUGCAAAGGACUUGAAAUGAUCGUCCGCCAUUUUGCAAGUUGUAAGUUAAGAGUACCUGGUGGUUGCAUCCAUUGCAAGAGAAUGUGGCAACUAUUGGAACUACACUCCCGUCUGUGCAUUGAUUCAGAAGUUUGUAGAGUUCCUUUGUGCGGACUAAUCAACCUGAGGAAAUUGUGUCAUGUCAGGAAUUUCAAGGAGAGGAUCAAGAAACAAUGCAAGAAGGAUGAGAUUAAGUGGAGAAUACUAGUGAAAAAUAUACUUAAAACAAAGAGCAUAGGAGGAUCGCCAUUCUUUUCAUCGGCAUUUUCCAUGUCUUCUUGA